AUGUACCAAGUCUGCAUACCUCCCCAAGUAGUACAAACUUUGGUUCGAGAAAGCCCAUCAGAUUCAGAACACGUCAGCUUCCUUCACACAGAAACCACACCAAGAAGAUACAAGAUGAUGCUCGAAGCCUUUUCCCUCAUCGAUUUGUCUAGUGACGAUACGAUGCUAGUGUCAGAAUACUACGAGGCGGUGGCGAGACUGAACGAACUUGUCGAAGUUGAAUGCGACCAAGUGCACUUGCAUUUCACUUGCACAUUCAACGGCCGCGAGGACGAACAGACCUUGACAACAUGCUCUUCAUGCCGCGAAAGAGUCGUAGAAAUGUCCAGACUUUUUGUUGAACUCUGGCCUGGAGACUGGUAUAGCGGACAUGGCGCUUACAUUCAGGACUCCCUCCUUGACACAAUCGAGUCGGAAAAGGCCUCAACUGACGGCAUGGACAUUGCUUCCAUGAUCAAAUUCCGCUUGAAAUAUAGCGACUUGGCCGACAGUAUCAUCAAAGACCUUAGUCUUCCAGUGCCCAGCAAUAAGCCAUGCGGGGUAUGGAGCAAAGCCGAGUGGGAAAAGGAGCGCCGCAAAAGAGACGACGAAUCCGUUUUUGACAGAUCUUGGGAUCUCACCUGGAGGAAACUCAUUGACGGUAAUCUCAUCCCGCAAGGAACUGUUAAACAGGGGCCCGAAUUUAUUCGCUUUGUACAAUACCUGGUUGCAGCUGUGCGCCAGAGAGAGUUCACCACAAAGAUAUCGCAUGACGAAUACGACGAACUUAUCGAGAAAAUCAUCCAACUCGUCAAAGAUGCUAGAGCUUCUAAUCCAGAGCUUGCAUGCCAUUCUGCCGCAGUUCAACAGGCACGUGUUGAGAGAAAGGGACUUUGGAGGAAUACUUGCUUGUUGAAGUUGCGGAAGAAUUGCAAAAUGGAAUGCCGGGCUUGUGGUUUCGUCAAGCCUAAAGCACAAGCAGGAGAAUCAAAUACGUGCUUUCAAGGGCUGUGGAUGAAGAACUGCCAGCCUUCGUAG